UUCAAAGUGUGCAUCUUCAACACCAUCAUCAUGAGAGCUUAUUAUUCUACCUUCUGCCUCGUCGUCGUCGCCCUUUUCAUGGCGACGUCGUUUCUCACCGUGGAGAGUGGCAACGAGGGGGUUUAUAUCGUCUACAUGGGCGCCGCGUCGCCUCCCACCGCUGAUCAUGCUCAGAUCCUCACCUCUUUGUUAACGAGAAAGGGGAAGUCCGUGAUAGCGACGUACAGCAAAGGGUUCUCGGGUUUCGCCGCUCGUUUGACGGCGGAGGAGGCCGAGGCGAUGGCGAAACGAGAAGGAGUGGUGUCGGUCUUCCCCGACCCGCUCCUGCAGCUUCACACCACUCGCUCUUGGGAUUUCUUGAAGUAUCAAACGGAUUUGAAGAUCGACUCUGUUUCUUCCGAGGCCGGGGAUGACGUCAUCGUUGGAAUCUUGGAUACUGGAAUCUGGCCGGAAUCGGAGAGCUUCAGUGAUAAGGGAAUGGGCCCCAUCCCAUCUCGUUGGAAGGGGAAAUGCAUGGAAGGCCAAAAUUUCACUAAAUCAAACUGCAAUCGGAAGCUGAUUGGAGCGAGGUAUUACGAGGACGACGACGGCGGUGGCGACGGCGAUGAUAGUCCUAGACCAUCGGGGACUCCGCGGGACGAGAGCGGGCAUGGCACCCACGUGGCGUCCACGGUGGCCGGGACUGCGGUCCCCGGGGCGUCGUACUACGGCCUGGCGGCGGGGAGCGCGGCCGGGGGCUCCCCGCGGUCGAGGAUCGCCAUGUACCGCGUGUGCACGGCCGGCGGGGGGUGCUUCGGUUCGGCCAUACUCAAGGCGUUCGACGACGCGGUGGCCGACGGCGUCGACGUGCUGUCCCUGUCCCUAGGAGGCUCCCCCGGCAAUCCCGAUUUCGACAGCGACCCCAUCGCCAUCGGGGCGUUUCACGCUGUGGAGAAAGGGAUAGUCGUCGUCUGCUCCGCCGGAAACAGCGGCCCUUCCGCUUCGUCCGUCGUCAACGUUGCGCCGUGGAUCCUCACCGUCGCCGCCACCUCCAUCGACCGUGAUUUCGAGGCCAGGGUCUUUUUUGGUGGUACCACUAUCAUCAAGGGUGGAGGCAUCAACUUUUCCACUCUGAACAAAACAAGCGUCUAUCCCUUGACAGAUGGGUUCUCUGCAAUGGGUAACUCUAGUUACGACCACGACGAUGCCAAAAACUGCAUACCGGGAUCACUCGACGCGGAGAGAGUGAGGGGGAAGAUCGUUUUGUGCAUGAAUGAGGACAAAAACUACCUAGCCCUAGAGAAGUUUAGCUCGAUGAAGGCGAUAGGGGCGGUUGGGAUGAUCGUGGUCGAUAACAACCUCAGACAAGUAGCAUCCAAAUUUGGAGUCAAUCCCAUUGCUUCUGUCAAUGAAGAUGAUGGGCAUGAGAUACAAACAUACAUAAACUCUGAAUCCCAUCCGGUCGCAACGAUUCUCCCUACCAGGGUGAUCGCGAACUACAAGCCGGCUCCCGUUGUCGGAUACUUCUCCUCAAGAGGCCCCACUUAUGGGAUUCCAAAUCUUAUCAAGCCGGACAUUGCAGCACCCGGGGUGUCGAUCCUGGCAGCAUGGCCUUCACGCGACAAGGGGGAGGCCCUCCCGGGGAAAGAUCCCCCCCUCUUCGACAUACUCUCGGGCACCUCCAUGGCCUGCCCUCAUGUCUCCGGCCUAGCUGCCAAUGUCAAGUCUCUGCAUCCUACAUGGCCGGAGUCUGUUAUCAGAUCAGCCAUAAUGACAUCAGCAAUUCAGACAAACAACCUGCACACCCCAAUCACAUCGAACGAUGGAUCCGUAGCCACCCCAUACGACAUCGGAGCAGGGGAAAUAAGUGUGACCGGCCCGUUGCAGCCAGGGCUUGUCUACGAGACUCAAACCAUGGACUACAUCAUGUUCCUCUGCAACAUCGGGUACAGCACAGCCAUGAUCAAGAGAAUUACAUCAAGUCUUCCUAGUAACUUUUCAUGCCCGAGCAGUGCCAAAACCGACGCCAUCUCCAACAUGAAUUAUCCGUCCAUAGCAAUAUUGGGCCCAACUAAAGGCGCAGUCAAGACAGUGACCAGACAAGUGACCAAUGUUGGCGACCAAGACGAGACCUACUCAUGUGUCGUGGAGGCACCCGCUAGUUUGGAUGUGGAAGUGGUGCCAAACACACUCAAGUUCAGCAAGAAUGUAAACAGGAUAAGCUUCCAAGUGAAGUUUAAAGUGACUGCAAGUUCAAAGGAGGACUUGUUCGGGUCGAUAACAUGGUCGAAUGAGAAGUAUAAGGUUAGGAGUCCAUUUGUUGUGAGCAACAGUUAUUAGACCAAGUGUGAAUGGAGCCUAAUGUUGCUAUAAGAUGAUAAAUUAUACAAUCGAUAUUUGGGGAAUACAUUAAA